UAGGUAGGUAUGCGUUAGAGACGUACGUACCUUUCGAACGGUUGGAAAGGUUACAGUGAAGCGAGGAAGUCAAUGUUGGCAGGGUUAGGGUUGACGCAGCUGUUCGCUUCUCUGCUCAAAAGUUGCCGUUUCCGGUGUUCAGCAAGGUUCACCAAUUCAUUCCCCACAUUGCCACCGAUCCAGCCACCAUGACAACCAUCAGCGCAGAACCAGACGACGUGCCCCAGGUGGUCUUCCGCCCGGGGAAGAAGAGGAAGAUUUAUCGACAGCGCUUAGGAGAGCCAGACAGCACACCCAGCAAUGGCGAGACACCAAACGAAGCCGGCCUUGCCGCAUCGAGCAGGCCUACUGCAGCCGUCGAGAAUGACGAGGACGCUGAAAUCUCAAUCGCCGACGUCGUGCGGCUACGGAAUUCCCGGAAAAACAAGCAUGGCGGUGUUGGGUUUAGCACAGGGCCAUCCAGCCUCGGCGGCGACGAGGCGGCAAGCGAAGAGAACGCGGAACGGAGCGUGGUGUUCCACGGCAACACAGAUGCUCAACAAGGCGCGGAGGCAGCCGUCGUCGGCGGCAUUUCGAAGCGCUUUGCGCGGCAGACGGGAAUGGUCGGCGAAUUAGUCAACAAGCACAUGGAGGAGUACGUAGAAUCCGAGUUGUCUAGACGAAAGCGGCACGCCGCAGAAGCUGCCGCGCAACAGCAACAGCAACAGUCAGAUGGGGAGUGGCGCGAGGAUAGCGUGCUCUCAUCCACCGGCGACGGCCCACCGGGGACGAGUUCGACAGCUCCCGGCGGCCAGGUCGAUUCCCAGCGAGUACUACACGGCCGCCUUCUUGAGAUCGACCUCGGUGACGAGGCUCGUGCACGAAACAUUGAGAUGACAGAACGCGCCAGGCGGCGACUGCAAGGGCAAAUCGACGAGGAAGAGCAAGAGGAAGGCAAAGGGCGGCCGAGGAAAGUCCGCCUCGGGCGAGACGGCAAGCCCAUGCGGUCGAGGAACCGCCGUGGAAGCGAUGACAUUAAGCGCGACCAGCUCGUGGAGGCGUUCUUGAGCGAGAACAGACUCGACAUAUAUGAUACACAGUCGGAGCAAACAGCCAACCCAGCGGAUCUCGAAGAGGAGGAUGGCGCUGCCGACGACAGGAUCGCCGAGGAGUUCCGCCGCGAGUUUAUGGAUGCGAUGGCGCAGCGAAACCGGCGGAGGAGAACGGCACAGCCCGCCAAACCCGGAGCGAAGAAGCAGGAGGAGAUUCUCAAAGGUCCAAAACUUGGCGGCAGCCGCAACGCAAGAGCAGCCAUGCGGGAUCUGUUACUCAAGGAGCAAGUCAGCAAGCAGAAGAGAUGAGGCUCUGGAACGCUGGCUAGAUCCAAGAACGAAACUCGGGCUGGGGUUCGAGCAGCUUGUGUGCUUGUGCGUCGGCAGCCGCCUGUUUAGGAUAUCAUCGACGACCAGCUGAACAGUUCGCUCCGCUCUUCAUUUCGCAACACCUCCCUUCAAGCCAAAGGCUACACAGGCACACAGGACAACAAGAAACGAUUGAUCAGGAGCGCAUCACGUGAAACCAAAAUACAAUAAUGAGUUAUUGGCGCAAUCGUGGCAAGCGAGAAUCAGCCGCUCUCCACUCGAGAGUCGAUCGGUUCC